CACCGCUCCCUACACCACACCAUACCACCGCUCCCUACACCACACCAUACCACCGCUCCCUACACACAUCGACUACAGCACGCAACAUGCCAUACUGGUCUUCAUUGUCCUGUAACACAUAAACACAUAAAACUUUCCAUGACCGCACACUUGAAACAGGGAAAUAGUUAAUUUACAUAAUGUCUUGCUAUAACCCGCUCCCCAAUCGCGGUAAGGUACGAGUGUACAUCGUUAAAAAAAUAGACUCUACCCAAUAGACCAUGCUCCCUACUUCUCACGUGACGGGCAAUAGCCGAUAGACCCACUCUAUAUAACGCACGAACGCACGCACGCCCACACACACGAACGCACGCACACACACACACACCUUCUCUUGUACUGAUAUAUACACCGUUUAAUAUAGUCCGGUGUAUGAAACUAACCAAGUUGUGAAACGGGAAAUUUCCGGGUGCAGUGAUUUUUUAAAGUGGCAAGCUGAAUUAUGUCCUCUCGCGGUUUCCAAUCUGUUGGUUGUAAGGGCCCAGCUGUUUUGUACUAAUCUUCUAAUAUUGCAUGCAGCAUGUCAAGCACCACCACUGCUGCUGCCUCUACACCUUCACCUACAGAUGCAUACGUGAUUGCCGGCACCAGCAUCGCUUUACUGGUGUUGUUCGUAAUUUUCCUCAUAUUUGUAUUUGUGCUGUGCAGGCAAGGGUGUGGUUGUUGUGGUUGCCUCCAUAAGAAGACUCCCCAGGUCGACAGCAAGCAGGUGGCGCCGACAGAAAGAGUUCACGAGUACGCCGAGUUGGGAGUCGGGCGACGUCGUCACAAAUAUGACUAUCCAAAAGAGCCAGUCCAAGGAAUGUGUCGACCAUAUGUGGACCUCGACAUUGGAAUGGACAGCGAUAUCAAAUCUGCCUUCUCAGCGAGUCAGCGGAUGCUGUGCACAGUCUCCAGCAGAGAUGACCUCACCGUUGAUGACGAUGCUGACGCUGAUGCUGAUGACACAGAGGACGCUGAGACGGAAGUCAUGGCUCUGCCCAAGGGCGUCAGUGUAAGAAUCAAAGAUGGACGAUUCCACAAAAUUGUUGAUAUUCAGUUUGAGUGACUCUUACUAAGGUUAGAAGGGUUCUGUGCACACGUUCUAAAAUAAAACCUCGUUUUACUCCAACUCCAUUAACUUGUUGAAUUUCAUCCUUUAUGAAGAUGCAACUUUAUAGUCAAGCAACGUUGUGGGCGAAGAGUAAUUUGAUGGAAGACCGUUUUCGGCAGCAUGCCUUCUCAGAGUUUCUAGGGCUUCAGCCCUGCUUCACGUGUGGUGUCUCUUUGGGCAAGUGGCUUUGUCAGAAAUGCCUUUCUUCACCCAGCAGUGAAUGAAUACCUAGUAAUCGGACUGUUCAACCUUCUUGCUCCAUGCAAGCAGCUGGGGCUGUAUGUAUUAUCAAAAAGGACACGUUCAGGUUUGUUGGCCUGGAUACGCCUGAAUAUUUAGAUCUAGUUGCCCGUGAAAUGUCGGUCUCUCGAGCAAACGAUUUAACAAAAGGUCCAGCCUACCCCCGAGGCUAAAGGUGAUAAGGAUUCCAAGACACGGUGUAUUUGGGUUUUAGAACAUAAUAUAUUCAGGAGCACCAGAUCAUAAGACUGAGCACCUUAUGUUUGUUUGGUUGGCAAACCGAUCAAUGCAUGUUGGUGGUUGAACGGGCUCUGAGCACAGAGAAAGAGAUUGACCAUAAGCAGUGUUUAUAGGUGAAGACGUCAUGAGAAGAACGCUCAAACAGAAUUCCGAAUAUUUCAGGUUCAUUGAGAACAUUUGUUUUGCAUAUGAAAUUAUGAGAAUGAAUAAUAAAACUGUUCAAAGUUAA